GCAAACUGCAGCCCGCCAUUGUGUAGAAACCAGGCUCUGUAGAGAGAUAGGGGCGCUUGGCUGAAACUCUUCAAUAGCUAGACAAAUUCUACACCCUGCCGCUUUUAUUUAGGAGUAAAUACAGUUACACAGGCGCCGGGGGGGAAAGACAUGUCAGCCAGCAGCCUUCUUGAACAGAGACCGAAAGGCCAAGCUAAUAAAGUGCAAAACGGAGCUGUGACCCAAAAGGAUACUUUGAAUGACGAUGAGUUUGAGCCUUACCUGAAUACUCAGGCCAGACAGAGCAAUGCCUAUACGGCCAUGUCGGACUCGUACAUGCCCAGCUACUACAGCCCCUCCAUAGGAUUUUCCUACUCCCUAAAUGAGGCAGCAUGGUCCACGGGUGGGGACCCUCCUAUGCCUUACCUGGCCUCCUAUGGACAGCUGAGCAAUGGGGAGCCCCACUACCUCCCGGACGCUAUGUUUGGCCAGCCUGGCCCCCUGGGGAGCAACCCUUUCCUGGGCCAGCACGGCUUCAACUUCUUCCCUAGUGGUAUCGACUUCUCGGCUUGGGGCAAUAGCAGCUCUCAGGGACAGUCGGGGACACCACAGAGCUCUGGCUACAGCAGCAGCUAUGCCUAUGCUCCCAGCUCCCUUGGGGGUGCAAUGAUCGAUGGACAGUCCCCAUUUGCACCUGCUGCCAAUGAGCCACUCAACAAGGCACCUGGUAUGAACAGCCUUGACCAAGGCAUGGCAGGGCUUAAGAUCAGCGGUGCUGCUCCCGGUGGUAAUGGGGACAUGGCUCCUAAGGUGGUUGGCUCUGGCUUGCCUGGUGGGGGUCCCCUUGGCCCUGUAUCAUCUGUAGGACCUCCCAGCAUGCCUCCUGUCUCAAUUGCCCCUGCCAAGCCCGCCUCCUGGGCCGACAUUGCCAGCAAGCCAGCCAAGCCUCAACCCAAGCUGAAAACCAAGGGUGGCAUGGCCGGUGCCAAUUUGCCUCCUCCGCCCAUUAAACACAACAUGGACAUCGGCACUUGGGACAACAAGGGUACCAUGCCUAAAGCUGCCACCCCUCAGCAGGUGCCCCCUAUUCCCAGCAAUGGGCAGCCGCCCAAUCAGGCCUCCCCACAGCCUGGAGCUACUGCUGCAGGGAACCCACAAAUGCCCCUCAGCAAUGGACAGCUGGUACCGCCCGUUUCCCAGAUGGGGCAGCAUCAGCUUCCUCCCAGUGGGCAGCCAGGUAUGGCUCCAAUGCCCCAGCCUCCCCUCUCCCAGGGUCCUCCUCCUCCCCAAAGCCAACAGCAGCAACCUUCUCAGCCUACUCGUUGGGUCCCUCCACGGAACCGGGCUAAUGGUUUUGGGGAUGCCAGUGGGAGUGGUACAGGCCAGUCGCCUCCUACCUCUUCUGGUGUGGGUGUUGUUCCCGGGGUCCCCUCUGAGCCUCACCCAGUCUUAGAGAAGUUGCGAAUGGUCAACAAUUAUAACCCCAAGGACUUUGACUGGAAUCCCAAGCAGGGGCGGGUGUUUAUCAUCAAGAGCUACUCCGAGGAUGACAUCCACCGCUCCAUCAAGUACAACAUCUGGUGCAGCACGGAGCAUGGCAACAAGAGGCUUGACACGGCCUAUCGUUCAUUGGGUGGCAAAGGGCCACUUUACCUUCUGUUCAGUGUCAAUGGGAGUGGUCACUUCUGUGGUGUAGCAGAGAUGCGCUCACCCGUGGACUACAACACGUCUGCAGGCGUGUGGUCACAGGACAAGUGGAAGGGUCGUUUUGAUGUGCGCUGGAUCUUUGUGAAGGACGUUCCCAACAGUCAGCUGAGGCACAUUCGACUCGAGAACAACGAAAACAAGCCAGUGACCAACUCUCGGGACACACAGGAGGUACCACUGGACAAGGCCAGGCAGGUGCUAAAGAUCAUCGCUGGAUAUAAGCACACCACUUCAAUCUUCGAUGACUUUUCUCACUACGAGAAGCGUCAGGAGGAGGAAGAGUGUGUGAAAAAGGUGGAGGUCCAAGGCAGUGAGCCAUAUCCCAGCAACCCAAGCAACAGGACUCAUUACAGGCUUCAGGAGCGCCAAGGACGAGUCAAGUAACAGUCAGUGCUUUGGUCAAAAGACUGCAAUGGCCCCCCUCAAGCCCUGUCCACCCCAUUACAUCAUUAAAUCCAGAUCUCUUAAGAAAUUCUAAUAGGGGUGAAGAAUUAACCAAGGACAAAAAAACUAAAUGAAGACUUUCUUGAUUUCUUUUGACUUUAAAGACUUACUUCGAACUUGUAGUAAAAAGAAAAGGAAACGAUUAUUCAUAGGACUACAACUAAAUGCAUAGCAUCCUUAGGUGAAAUCUUUUUUGCCCCACCCCAUUCCACUACAUAUGCUUUUUCCCCCUGUAUGCUGCUUUUUCCUUUUUUCCUUUUUUUUUUUUUUUUUUUUUUUUUUUUUUAAAUGAAAGGAUCCUCUGUUUUUAUGGUUCAAGAGCAAGUCUUUAAUUCUCUCACAAACACACAAAUCCAAUAGAAAUUUGUAGUGUUGGCUUAUAAUAGUGUCCCAAAGUCAAGAAUGGGCAGUUUGUCUCAUUUUCUUUG